AUGGUGAGUGCUGAGCAGAUCGAAGAAUGGAAGGCAACGAAGACCAUUGGUAUCAUAGGUCUCGGCGACAUGGGUCUGUUGUACGCUACAAAGUUUUCGGAAGCCGGUUGGAAGGUGGUUUGCUGCGAUAAAGAGGAAAACUACGAGUCUUUGAAGGCUCAACAUGCCGGGUGUAGGUUCCAGAUCCUGUUAAAUGGGCAUCUUGUCUCGAGAGUGAGCGAUUACGUUAUUUAUAGCGUUGAAGCUGAGAAUAUCGACAAGAUUGUGUCAAUCUAUGGACCAUCCACUAAACUGAAUGCGAUUGUGGGCGGCCAAACAAGUUGCAAAACACCAGAGAUCAACGCGUUCGAACGUCAUCUCCCCUCUGAUAUCGAAAUUAUAACAGUGCAUUCAUUGCAUGGUCCGCGAGUGAACAGCGAGGGCCAACCAUUGGUUAUAAUAGAGCACAGAUGCACAAAGAAGGAGUCCCUAGAAUUUGUGGAAGCUGUCGUAUCAUGUCUUAAGAGCAAGAAAGUCUAUUUAUCGUACGAGGAGCAUGAUAAGAUUACAGCGGAUACGCAAGCGGUGACUCAUGCAGCAUUUUUAAGCAUGGGAUCGGCAUGGGCUAAGAUCAAGGUUUAUCCUUGGACAUUAGGCACCGACAAAUGGUAUGGUAGCUUGGAGAACGUCAAGAUGAACAUAUCAUUGAGAAUUUACUCAAACAAGUGGCAUGUCUAUGCAGGCCUGGCGAUCACAAACCCGUCAGCGCACAACCAAAUACUGCAGUACGCUGCUAGCGCCACAGAACUUUUCUCGUUGUUCUUGAGACAUGAUGAGAAGCAACUCACAGAAAGGCUCAUGAGGGCCAAAGAAUUUGUAUUUCAAGAUCAUACGGGCGACCUUCUCCUCGAUGAUAAAGUUCUAGACAAGUAUUCACUGGCGCCCAAGGAGAAUAUCGCUGAGGGGAAGAAACCGGUCCCCAAUUCGCAUUUAUCGUUGUUGGCAAUUGUCGACUCAUGGUACCAGCUCGGUAUCAAUCCUUAUGAUCAUAUGAUCUGCUCAACGCCGCUAUUUAGGGUAUUUUUGGGUGUCUCAGAGUACCUCUUCUUGAAGCCUGGCCUUUUGGAACAAACAAUCAAAGCGGCCAUACAUGACGAAUCUUUCCGCAAGGACGACUUGGAAUUUACCAUCUCCACUAGAGAAUGGAGCUCCAUCGUAACAUUCGCCAAUUUUGACCUUUACAGAAGGCGGUUCGAAGAAGUGCAGGAAUUUUUCAAACCAAUGUUCCCUGAAGCCAAUAAGAUUGGCAAUGAAAUGCUAAAAACUAUUGCUAGUCAUUCCCAUUAA